GUCCUCUCCCAAAAAGCCUACCUCAUCUCCCAGACUUACAGACUACAUCAAUCAAAAAAAUGUUCCUGAGUUUCCCGCCUCGAGGCAUUGGGCCUCGGUGUCUGCUCAGUCUCGCCAUCAACUACUGCCUCUGCUGCCUCUGCUUACUCACGACCGGCACCUUCUCUGCCACCGCGACCAAGACUGCAGAUGACUCAGAAGUUCUUGGCCCUGUAGUCCGCCUGCUGGAGGAUGUCGAGAAGGAGACCAACAGGGAACUCGAUGCCGUUGUCAAUUAAGGGUUGCAAGCCUCAUUUAUUUCAGUCAGCAACUCGGUUACUUCAGUUUUUCGUAUACAUAGGUAUACGACCUACUAGAGGAGGGCCAACUUUCAAACCCUAAGGGAAAGCAGCGGAUAAGGUGCACUGUCUUUGCACUGCGGAGGUAGCCGAUUUGAGGAAGGAGGUGGCGGAGGUGAAGGAAAAGCAACUCCCUGAAACUAAGGGAGCUCUCGAAACCGUGGUCGGGCUUCUUGGACGGCUCAAGGGAGAGAUUGGACCUCUGACAGCAGACCUCAAAAGGACUGAAAAGGACAUCAAAACCGCUGAAAAGCAUCGGGAAGAUGAACGUACGAAAUUCAUCACCGAGGAAAGGAACUUGCAGGAUUUGGAGGCGACGUGUGAGGAAGCGGCGGGGUUGCUUGGUGGUCCUCCUGAAAACGGCGGUGGUGGCGGAAGUAGUACUGCUUCUGAGAAGAAUAACGGAGAGCCACCUGAGGCGAAGACCGUUGCUGCUCAAUUGUCGACAUUGCUGUUGAAGGCGCGCCAGCAAGCAGGAUCAGGAAUCAGACCCACUACUGCCAUGAAUAAAACAUCACCAUCUUCACCUUGGCUCUCUUAAGGUCAACAUUUAUAGUGUCCGUCUUUCUCGGCAUCUCGGUACCCUUUUGUUCCCUUGUAUUAAAUUCCUAUGAAUAUUACAAGGUAAAAUAUCUAUGAAAUGAUACAGGGGUAGUAAAGGGACCCCAAGAAAAGGGUGGCCGAGAUGCAAUCGAGUCGCAGACUCUAACUCUCCAUCGCUUCUGUCCUAGAAAAUGCACUCCACCUGAAAACAGUACAUGAACCUCUAGUGUUUCAGCAGCUUGGAACUGCUCCUAAAAUCGCUGGAAUGCUGAAGCAGAUGGGUGUACGAGCCAAGGAACAACUUGCGGAAUCGAGACAAGCAGAGGCAAAGUCCGUGGCAACAUUUCAGAAGAUGAAAGCAUCGCGGAAUGAGGAAUUGAACACGUUGCAGAAGAAAUUGGAUUUAUGACGAGGUGUCAUUAUCCUUUCCGGUGUUUACAACUUGACCUGUCAAAGACAAUACUCCUCUAUACCCACACUUAUAAGAACUUGCUUCAUAAAAUAAAAUCAUAAUGAUACUUCGACGUUCCAGGAGUAGUUCCUUCUUUGGCUUAAUUAAUACCCACAUCCUUCUUCAACCCCCUUCAAUAGGCCAAAAGCAGCAAGCGCAGGCUGACGCCAAAGAGGAAGAAGGCGAGCUGUUCCAAAAACUACAAGGUGCGAAGAAAUUCCUAGCCACCUCAGAACCAGAGCUAGCACGCAUCGAGGCUGAAUGCAAGGAAAGAGAAGCCGAUCACGAUAGAGAAAAAAAGGCCUUAGAGGAACAGCUCGAAGGGAUAAGGUUAGCGUUGGAGGCUUUGCUUAUGCCUUUCUACAGUGUUUGAUUUAUUUUCCCUCCCCCCGGUUUUUUCUGAUAGUACAUGAUUGCCGACUUCCGCUCAGGUAUUCUACCUCUAGAUGUAUUUCCUCUGUUCCAGCACUGUUCUCUCCGCUUCAAAGCCUAUUAGACAGUUGCUUGCUCAUCUACAAUUUUCAUCCUCCUUGUAUAAAUGUGUUGACCCCUCUAAUGGCGAAUCCGACGAGAUCGCCAAGGCCAAAGCCCGAGCCCUCCUAGAGCUCAAAGACACUCAAAAACGAGCUAGAGAACGCGAAGCUAAGCAAAAACGCGAAGAAGCUGCCGAGCAACGCCGAAAGAAACUGCUCUUGCAAAUGCAACGAGAUGAUGCGAAGAAGGCAGCUGAGGAAGCAGAGCGUACUAGUAGUCUGAAAGGAGAUGAGAUGGCAGAUGACUUCGUGGAGGGGGCUUUGGCGGAGGAAAAUGGUGGUGGACGAGUGCAAAAGCAAUCAGCAACGGCACAGAAGACUGCUGCAGCCAGGACAUCAAACAAGAACGUUGUGCACAAGAACCACAAGGAGAACAGCAAGCACAAAAAGAGAGCUGCAAUGAAGAAGAAGAAGACAGGACUUCUGCAUGUGAGUCAUAAAACUAGAAGGAAGGUCCUCCACAAGCACAACCACAAGAAAGCUCACCAUGGACGUCGUGCUGAGGAGAAGAAUGACUGCAUCCACGAAUACGACGUUGAACAACAUCGUUUUGUCAAACGUUGUAGCGCUACUUCUGACAAAGAUGAAGCUAGUACUACUCCCUCUACUUCUUCUUCCACUUCACCUGUCAUCUCCUUCCUACAAAGGCGAGGACGGUCAACACAGACACAAACGGCCAAUGCUGUAGUGGAAGAUGGGGACGAUGAAGAUGAUGAUAAAGAUCAAGAUGAUGAUAAAGAAGAAGAUCAAGGUCAAGAUGAUGCAACUACCACGUCAGCCACGUAUGCAGCCUCGUCUGGUGGUGAUUUCGCUGAGGUCAUCGCUGCAUCUCGGGAGAUGAUAAAACAAGUGCAACAAGAUCAAGAGGACAGCGAUGCGUUGCGCGCAGAGUGUAUGGAGAAGAUGGAAGAGAACAUUGGCAAAAUUGCUGAGGUCGAAGCGAAACUCAACACCACUCGUCAACGCCUCGAUGACCUCGACGCAAAAUGCGACCGCCUAUCUGCUGACCUAGCUGAGAAAAGAAGCCAAGUCGCAAAGCGCAGAGAAGAGCAGAAAGCGGCACACGAGGAGCGAACGGAGGAACAACAGCGGUUCGUGGAGGAAUUGGCUAAGGAGAGCACGAUAAGUCGUGCACUCCUCAAAGCCAUCACGGCAUUGCAGAAGAAGAACGUGAAGGCGAAAACCAUCCAUGUGUUGAAAGAAGUGAAGACGAAAGGAGAAAUGACAUUUACGAAUCGUUUGUGUCUCUGAAGAUUACAUUUUGCCACCUCUUGAUGAGCUUGUGUCAAGGUGUUUUGAAAUGACAUAGACAGACACUAACAUGAAUAGCCGUAUAAUCAAAUAAUAUUUUUUUUUCUAGAAUUUUAUCUUGCCACUUCUUGAUGAGCUUGAACAUGUCAUGUUCAACGAAUCUAAAGUGGUCUUCCCUUUUUAUCUUAUCUCCAAUUCUCUCUCCCCUAAAGUGGUCUCCCCUUUUUAUCUUAUCUCCAAUUCUCUCUUCCUCCCCUUCUCUCCAACCCCUCCCUCCUUCAUCUCCUUGCAAGUCCUCCAGAAGGAAGAAAAAGAAGCAGCCGCGAAGCAUACAGAGGAGGACUCCUUACGCUCUGAUGCGAUCGAAGAGAUGGACAGCGAAGUUGCCGAUUUGUCCGCUUUAACUAGUCGCGCCAAGGCAGAACAGAAUGAGGCCAAGGGGAAGGAUCUCGCUUUUCUGGAAAAAGAGCUUUCUGGUCUACAAGAGGAGAAGGAGAAGCAAUUUGGCAAGGAGUCGUUGUGCGCGAAGAUAUCACGACAAUACGAGCACAAGAAAACGAGCAGGCAGAACGAAAUUGAGGGUCUCGAAGCGGCUGGGAGGAUAUUGGCGGAGGGGGAUGAAUAGAAUAGUACAUAUGUUGUAUGUAGAGCAGCCGCGGCGGUAGGGUGGAUGGAAAAUACUGGGGUGUGAGUGUUGCAGACAAGAAAAUAUGAUUCUGAAUUUGACUGCUUGUAAUAGAAGAAAAGGACCUGUAAAGAACAUGUUUUUUCCGGAGUUGCCAAGAAGACUAUGUUCGCAAUAAUACAAGAGUG